CGGGUUUUCCAGUCGACAUCUGCCUGAGUUAGUUUUAACUAGUUAGCAAGCCACAAAAGAGACAUCGCCAUCAGAAGAAGCAUCGCCGUCAUCACCAGCCAUCAAGGACAACAAGGAAAGCGUGCUCGAGCAUCGGCAUCAGCACCAGCACCAGGCCCGGCACCGACUCGACUGCCGGAGACAACAGACCGACACGCAGAAAGACAAGUCGAGACGAGACCGAUGUCUCAAUCGCACUUCGUCUCCAACCCGUUCAGUGCCAACGGUGGCGCCAGCAGUGUCAACCGCAUCGACGAGGAGGAAGAGAACGUCACCUCGCCCACAGACCCUGUCAGGCCAGAUGCCGGCAGCAGAGAGGUCCCCAGAAGCACAUACAGCACCAGUGGCCACGCCAAUACCACCAAUACCAGCAGCUCGGCAUUGUCCGCUAGCAACAUGUUCGGGGCCAGUCCCUUUGGCAACGCUGCCGGCCAGCACCAGGAAGCAUCCAGCGGAUUCCCAAACAACUACUCCCUCGGCCGCCGCACCUCAGUCUCCGCCGAGUCCCUGAACCCAACGACUUCGGGAACAGACAGCUGGACCCCUCCUCACCACCCCAAGAGUCCCGCCCAGCUGUCCCGUCUGCAGGCCGCGGUCUCAUCCAACUUCCUCUUCUCCCACCUGGACGACGACCAGUUCAAGACCGUGCUGGACGCCCUGGUCGAGAAGCCCGUGCCGGCCAAGGACAUCAAGGUCAUCACCCAGGGAGACGCAGGCGACUUCUUCUACAUUGUCGAAUCGGGCCAUUUUGACAUCCACAUCCACCCUUCCGGCACCGCUCAGCCAGGUGGUCUUGCCGGUCUAGGCGCAAAAGUCGCCUCUAUCGGGCCGGGAGGUGCAUUCGGCGAGCUGGCUCUGAUGUACAACGCCCCGCGUGCAGCUACAGUCAUCUCAACCGAACCGUCUACCCUCUGGGCCCUGGACCGGAUCACCUUUAGACGCAUUCUAAUGGACAGUGCCUUCCAGCGUCGACGCAUGUACGAGGCCUUCCUGGAAGAAGUGCCAUUGCUGUCGUCUCUCAAGCCAUAUGAGCGCUCCAAGAUAGCCGAUGCGCUGGACACCGUCAAGCAUCCCGGUGGAGCCACCAUCAUCGCCGAGGGUGAGCCAGGGGAGUCAUUCUAUCUGCUCGAGUCUGGCGAGGCGGUGGCGUACAAGGCCGGCAUCGAGGGUCCAGUCAAAGAGUACAAGCGCGGUGACUACUUUGGUGAGUUGGCGUUGCUGGAUGAUAAGCCUAGACAGGCCACCGUGGUCUCCAAGACGGAGGUUAAGGUUGCGAAGCUCGGCAGGGAUGGCUUCAAGCGUCUGCUUGGGCCUGUGGAGGAGAUCAUGCGGAGAGAAGACUAUGGCACAGCCAGUGCCACGGACUCAGAGGCCGGUAAAGAGCAAAAGGGCACCUAGUAGUUAACAAUCACGGAAAAGACGGUUCUCUGAUUAUAUAAGACGGUUCUUCAGGAACGAAGCUGUGUCAUUGGCUGAUAACACGAUAUUUCCUUACUAAGUACUGCCCUUGCCAUCUUUUGAUAGGUCGGGCGGUCGUCACUGUCAUAUGGUGAAUUAUUGAAUUUAGGUUG